CGUGUCAGUGAGAAGGUGGAGUCUGCUUGUCAUUCCUUCAGCCACCUGUAACGCCUGCUGUCAGACAAUGGACUGCAUGCAACAGACAAUACACUACAUCUCUGGCCCUAAUAGCGGCCACUGCCAGCUGAAGUUUGUCAACUUUGAGGCUCAUGAAAACCACAUUUCCCAUGAUACAUGGGGGCUCAGCCAAAAGCACCUGGUGUUGCGACGAGGAAAACCGUUCAAGGUCACUCUGCUGUUUGGCAGCCACUCAUGGAAUCCUCGCACUGAGAUCCCUGUCCUGGAGGUUUGGCUAGGUGACAUGUCAGAGAGGAUCCCCGUCCAGUUCUCUGACAAGCAGUUUGACACCCAAAGCUGGUCAGCCAGAAUCUACACAGGUGACAUGCACCCUCAGUCAGUCACCAUCCACAUCUGCUCCCCUGUUCUGUCCUCAGUGGGUCUGUAUCACCUCCACAUGCACAUGGAGACCAUAUGCAGCAGAAGGAGCUACGCACUGGGAACAUUUGUGCUGCUGUGCAACCCUUGGUUGAAAGAUGAUCAGGUGUACAUGCCCCUGGAUGUCCAAAAACAAGAGUACAUCAAAAGUGAUUGUGGGCUGGUGUACAUGGGCACCCAUCUAAACAUUAGUAGGCGACCCUGGUCCUUUGGUCAGUAUGAGCCUGGGGUACUUGAGGCAUGUCUGCAGCUUCUGCAAGUCAGCCCACAGCACCUCAGCGACAAACGCAAAGACUACAUUCUACGAGCAGACCCUGUCUACCUCAGCAAGGUGAUCUGUGCUAUGGUGAACUGUGCAGAUGACCUGGGAAUUUUGGAGGGGAAGUGGCAGGGAAGCUACCAAGAUGGCGUCAACCCAACUGAGUGGAGCGGCAGCGCUGACAUCCUUCUCCAAUGGGCCUCGUCCAACUACAGCCCUGUGCGCUAUGGGCAGUGCUGGGUCUUUGCAUCUGUUCUCUGCACAGUGAUGAGAGUGCUGGGGAUUCCUUCCAGGGUGGUGACAGUUUUUAACGCAGCCCAUGACAGUGAUGCCAGCUUGAAAAUUGAAGAAUAUUACUCCAGCACAGGGGAAAAGCUCCACAUCUCAAAGGACAGCAUUUGGAACUUCCAUGUGUGGGUGGAGUGCUGGAUGAGGAGAACAGACCUUGGUGCAGAGUUUGAUGGCUGGCAGGUAGUGGAUCCGACCCCUCAGGAGAAGAGCGCAGGCAUAUACUGCUGUGGCCCCUGCCCAGUGGUUGCUAUCAAGCACCGUUGCCUUGGUACGCCCUAUGACUCCUCCUUCAUCUAUGCCUCUGUUGAUGCUGACAUCGUUCGGCUGAUUGUGCGAAAUGGACAAGUGGUGGGGAGGACGGUGGACAAGGAGUGGGUAGGACAGCUCAUCUACACCAAGAGCAUUGGCUCAGACAGACCAGAGAACCUGACACAGACUUAUAAGAGCAAGAAAAGGGGUCAGAUAGCCAUCAAAGAGGAGAUGAUCAACCAGAUCCACCAGAUGUCAAGUUCUACAUAUUGUAGUUUGCAGUCCAGUCCAAUGAGGGGUGGAACAGCAGAUAUGUCACCUGGUUUGGAGGUGUCCCUAAACAUAGACGGGAGGACAACACUGGGUGACAGCAUCAUCAUGUGUGUGACAAUCACAAACCAGUCAAAUAGCCCCAGGGACCUGGUGGAACACCUCAAUGCUCAGCUGAAGAAGUACAACCAAAGCCCACAGGAGAUCUUUUGGAAAUCACACAAACAAGUGCGCAUACAGGCUGGUGAAGUUUUGAAGCUCUACCACACCAUCUCUCCCUCUGAGUAUGAGUCGGUCCUGGCGUGUGACGACAUUGUGAACAUGGCAGUGGUGAUUAAGGAUGUGAGGACCAAAGAAAGAGUCCUGGCUGCACAGGAAUUCAACCUAAGCACACCACAGAUCAUCAUAGAGAUCAAAGGAGGGGACAGCAUCCAGAUGAAGAAGGAGCACACGGCCCAUGUGUCCCUCAUCAGCACUUUCAGCAAAACUCUGAAUGGAGCUGUGCUAACUGUGAAGGGGUUUGGCUUGUUACAAGGCAAACAUGAGGCCAGACUGACUCUCCUGCAGCCAGGUGACAAAAUAGAGAAGGAGGUGACCAUCAUGGCCACUUCACCAGGCACUAAACUACUGAUGGCCUCUUUCUCACACAGCCACAGCCCCAGGAUUGUUUCCAGGAGCUUCCACACAGUCUCUGUCGUGUCUGGAUGACACUGAAGAGUUUAUCCUCUCAAAAGCUUCAACUGCAAGAAAUAACUUCUUUAACCUUUUGAGUGGUGUAGGUCCAACAGUAUGGAUUCAAUUCUUUGCAUCUAGGCAUGCAAAAAGUGCGCAUUUUUUUUCUUAUGAUACUGCAUUUUCAUUUUUUCUGUGCACACCUCAGGCCAAGUUCUCAGUUAAGUAUACUGAAGCUGUCUCUAUUCAGCGAUCUCAUUCGAUUAAUAGACAUACCUAUGAUUAUAUAAUAUUUCUGCAUUUUAUUAUACUUGCUUUUGACACAUUUAAUACAGGCUGUACAUACACAAAAACAUAUUGUACACGAUUAUGAUAUUUGCAUCAGUGGGGCAGUAAUGCUGUAAGACAUUACUCACAAAAAUGGCAAUUAAAAAAUACAGUGCAACACUGUCAUCUGCUUACCUUUAAGAUCCUUUUUAUUUCAUUAAGAAAAGCAUGUUGUGAGCCCAAACUGACCUUUUAUCGGGUACAGAGGAACCAAGCAGGCAUAGAGUGUGUCAUAGGUAGAUGUGGCUACAAGAGGCUGGCUAUUUGCACACCUCCAAGCCUGAUUCAAAAUCAGAUAUCAAAAUCCUUCCAAAAGCAGCAUGUACAAAUACUUUGUACAUUUUCACACACAUGCCAAUAAAAACUGGGACAAAAAGAAUCAAGCCUAAACAUCUAAAUUUGUAUUUUUAUUUUUACAUUGUAAUUAUCAUGAAAAUAUGAGCACACAUCUCCAUGGCACAGAGAGAUGAAGUUGGAAGGAAAAUAUUGCAUUAGAAAUAUUUUGUCAAGCUGCAUGAGCUUUCACACAGAACUAAAUGUAUCUUAUCUGAUUGACGGUAGCUACACCAGUAGGCUGGACUUAUGACCUAUGAUCAAAAUAUUAUCAGAUCGUAUGUCAGGUUUUCUUAUCUUGCCUGUGAAGAUUCUCAGAAGCAGCUUGCUUGUCUUGCCAACACCCUCCAACAUGCCCAGCUGACUUUGACUUCCUGCCAACAUGGUCACCUGGCACAUGUGUUGGAGUCUAGAAAGAGAAACCUGUGUGCUGUAAAUUAAAGGGCCACUCUAGUGAUUUAUUGUACUGUUUGAGACAUGGAUUAAAAG